AUGUUUGGCAAUCAAAAAUUCGGAAUACCUGGUGGAGCCAGUGGAGCUGGAGGGUUUGGUGGACGCGGAGGCGCUGGUGAUCCUAGUGGAGCUGGUGGACUUGGUGGGCCUGGUGGUGCUAGUGGAUUCGGUGGACCUGGCGGUGCUAGCGGAUUCGGUGGGCCUGGUGGCGCCAGCGGAUUCGGUGGACCAGGUGGUGCUAGCGGAUUCGGUGGGCCUGGUGGCGCUAGUGGAUUCGGUGGACCAGGUGGUGCUAGCGGAUUCGGUGGGCCUGGUGGCGCCAGCGGAUUCGGUGGGCCAGGUGGUGCUAGCGGAUUCGGUGGGCCAGGUGGACGCGGAGGAGCUGGUGGGCCUAGUGGAGCUGGAGGAUUCGGUGGACCUAAUAGAGCUGGUGGAGCUGGCGGAUUUGGUGGGCCUGGCGGAGCUAGCGGAUUUGGUGAGCCUGGCGGAGCUGGCGAGUUCAGUGGGCCUAGUGGAACUGGAGGAUUUGGUGGACCUGGCGGAGUUGCAGGAUCUGGUGGAUCUGGUACUAUUACUGCUACAGAAGCAAACAAAUGGAAACAGGAUAUGCAGUAUGCCUUUGAUAAAACCAAACAAGUCGAACGUGUAAGAGAUUGGCUCGGUUUUCGACAAAUCGAUUUAAAUGGCGCAGAUUCAAUUAUUAAUUCUACCGAUGUAUCAAAUGAACGUGAAGUUGCUCGUAUGCUUAUACAACAAUGUACAGCAGAUAAAGCAGCCAUAAAAGCUCAAUUCCGCACUCAUAUGCAUGUGGAUACUUGGACAGCAGUCUUUGGAAAAUAA